AUGCGACAUGAAUAUGGCAGCCACAUGUCGAAGCAGGACUGUAGGGUCACCUUCGACCAUCUGCCGGGGCAGAUUGAGAGAAACAAGACAGGCCUGCCGAAACCGGUGGGCCACACUCCAAGCCACAGAUCGGAUCGAAGGCGGUUGUCAUCAAGAUCGGUCUCGCCGACCAAAAAGUUCAGCGGCUCGGCAUCGAGCACAGUCGACAUGGGUACUAGCAGCUGGGCCACACGAGCGAUGUCGCGGCUCACGGACAGUGCCAGUGCCGAUGAGGAAGAGCUUGAGUCACACAGGGAGGAGAUCAAACCUCUCAAUCCCCAGGAGGAGGACAUGCUGAACGAGCAGUUCCACAAGGCUCAGGACGACAUUGAGAAGCUCCUGGUGUGGAUCCCCGUCUCGCUGGUCCUCGGCUCCAAGAAGGAGCUGGGAAUCAGCCUGGGAGGGACGCCUGCGACGCCAAGCAUGGCGGACAGCAUCCCGGACAUUGCCGAGGUGACCAAAGUGGAGCCUCACGGGCUGCUUGAAACCUACUUGAGCGCGACGGACAAAGGAGUCAUACGUCUAAGGUCGGUCGAUGGUCACUGGGGCCGGCACGGUUUGGAGACGCUGCGGAAGACACUGCGGCAGUUAGGUUCUACAGCAGAGCCUUGUGCAGUCGAAUUGCUGUUCUCAAGAGAGGAGAGAUAUAAGUUCGGGUACAAGAUCCGGGAGUGCGAUGGCACGGCGCUGCACCUCGCGGCGCUUCAUCAGCGUGGUGAGACCUUGCUCCAUCAGCUCCUUCAGAGAAGAGCAGAUCCAUCCCAGGAAUACCACUUCCUAUCCCGUGGCGACCUCGGCGCUGGUCAGGCGUUGCACCUGGCCGCUGCAAGGGGCUUCGUGCGCCACAUGGACCUGCUCUUGAGAUACCGCGCAGACGUCCAUGCCUACAGCAGGAUCAAGCAGGUGAAAAACUACUGCGCUCUUCACGAGGCGGUGCUGUACAGUCAAAAGAAUGCUGCCUACUUCUUGCUGGUGAAAAAAGCGGAUGUCAAUGCAAGGAACUUGAAGAAGAAGUCUCCUCUUCACUUGGCAGCCCGCUCCGGUCACAUCAGGAUGUCCCAGUUCCUGAAAAACUAUGGAGCCAAUCUCAAGGCGCUGGACGAUAAGGGUGCGACGCCGGUUAUUACUGCUGUAGAGGCUGGCCGCUACAGGUUCGAUAAGCUCUUCAUCUUGAUGGAGAGAUCCUUCGAGGACUUGCUUGUGGUAAGCAAACUCUGCGCCUCCGUGGCGCCUGAGAUCAUGCACGACAAGGGCCAGAGCCGGAUUCAUCCCGAGUGGACGGAGGCCCUGGUCAAGCAGGCUGAGACAGAUCUGGUCUCCUCUACACGGCAUUGGAUGGAGAUCAUGCAUUGGUCUGAUGGGGCUGGCGAGGUAAUUCUCGACGUGCUCACUGUGCGCCCAGAAGCGCAGAACAGCAACUACAAUCCAAUUCCCAGGCGAGCGAGGCUGCCAUCGGGGGUGCAAAUGGUGUGUCGAUACGAAUGUGCGAGAAUCUGGGAGUGGGACCAGGAGUCUGGGGCGGCGCCGUGGCAUUCGCUGUUGUGCCCGGGUGGGCUGAGCAUUUAUGCGAAGCGCAACACCUUCCACCAGCGCGUGGCGCUGCUAGAGUCUUUCCUUUGGUGGCGUCGAAGACGAGGCAAUCAGUUCUUCGGUACGCAGAAUGUCUCCGAGCUGCUGAAUGCUCCCAUGACGAACGCCAGGAACUUCCAGCCUGAGGUGACGACUGCCGUCCGGGACAAGGAGAGUGUUCCUGUGAAGGUGCGGCAGUUGAAGCUUCCUGGCAUCAUGAACCCGGAUGUGAUGAGCAUUCUUGCGUUUACGCAGAACCACAACAUUCUUCUCAAGCCCACUGGACAGGCGAUUAUCCAGUAUGCGUGGGAUCACGUGGCCAGGUACUACUACUGGACCUACGUCUUCUAUCAGGUCAUCACCCUCGGCAACCUGGUCGUCGAGGUGGUGUCUCCUGCGGACACUUUCUGGGGUCGGCGCCUUCGCUGGAGCCUGCUUGCGGUCCUCGCCCAUCUGGAGCUCUUCUACGAGUUUUGGGAAAUGGCCGGAUACUUGUGCUACCUGCAGCACACGGGCCCACUUUACCUCACAAAGUUGGAGAACCUCUACAACUGGGUGUCUAUCCUUCUGCUGAUGGUGCUAGUUUGGUGGACAUCCGGUGAUGUAAGUCUUCAGGAUAUCCCAAUCAUGCUCUCCGUGCUGGUGCUAUUCCGCUGGAUUCAGCUGACGUGGAGUUGCAGGGCCUUCGAAUAUGUUGGGGAGAAGAUCCUUCCAAUCCUGCAAGCCUCCUUCUCCACCUCCAUUGGCGGGAUCCUGGUGGUGACUUUCUGCGUGCUUGUGGGAUUUCUGCAUGGCGCAAUGGCACUGGAGCUUGGGCAUCCACUUCCGCAGCACUACUACGUGGCCUUGGGAUCGCUGAAGCUGCUGCUUCUGGGCGAUGGAGACGGGAUCGAUGUGGCCCUCGCAGUGGGCGGUGCGCCUGAGGAGGGAACGCCGAUGACCUUCGUAUUCCUCCUGACUGCUGUGGUCGUCUUUUGUGUGUGUGUCCUCAACCUCUUCAUUGCAGUUCACGGCGAGGCAUACAACCGGGCGCAAGACAAGGCCUACACCAGCUUUCUGCAGGAACGAGCCGGAAUAUGUCUCCACUGCUUGUUGAGACCAUCCUGGCCCCCGGUCUGCUUCCCCUUCCGUGUGCCACGUCGCAUUGUUGCUUACUUGAUGUUGGAGCUGGUUGCCAUCGGGGUCUGGGCAUACAUGCUGCAAGAGCCUUCGAUUCACUACUUGAUCCCCACCGGACUUCUCUGUGGCAGCGCAAUGCUGGGCGACUCCAUCCUUGUCCAGCGUCCCUGGGACAAGAGAAAGGGGGAACAGUACUACCUCUGGAUGUGCUACAAGGAAAGCCUUGACAAGUCCACGCACAUGUCAGACAGCAACGACUUGUACAAGUCGCUGGAGAAGGAAGUCCGACAGGUCUCAAAGCAGUUCGAGCGGCAAACACGUAGCUUCGCGGAGCAGGUGCAGGGUCUGAAGGAGCGGCUGCAAGGCUUGGAGUCUUCCAUGGAGAAGCUCGCGGACACUGCAGAGUACGUCUCUGGGAGAGUGGGACGAGCGACCAUAAUGGAGUGA